GUGCCCGGCAACAAUCAUCAUUUCAUCAAGGCAGCUUCAUGGAAUAAUCAUCUUGACGAUGCCGAAAGUCAUCAGUUAUACUCCUCCCUGGCUCUCGCGCCCUUUCCCCGGUGCCGCCUUGUUUUCCAGUCCAGCACCCAAGGACCCAGCAAGCUCUAAAAGCACAAAAGAUACUCCCUAUCUUGGUCCUUCGCGGACACUGGCUCGGCGAGGAAAUGAAGUAUUUACGGUUGUUGACAAUCAAAUUCGUUGGUCAAGCCUCACGCGAUUGAAGGACGACUGGCAGCAGCGCGCUAGGUCGAAGAGCCAGAAGCCCGAUGCGGAUGCCGGCGCUCCCUACCGGGUCUUGAUGGUUCCAGUGUACGACCAAAUCCGACAGAUCAUACCCUCCCCGAACGGCGCUUUCUUGGCAAUUGUCGCAGACCACACCGUCUUCAUCGCAGUGCUUCCUGAUUCCGCGCACCUGGCUACCGCAGACUCCUCUCCGAUACGUGUGAAAACAUACCAACUUGGUCCGACGACACAUGUCAUUCCGGAAUCUCCGGUGGUGUCGGCGUUGUGGCAUCCGCUCGGAGUCUACAGCAAUCUCGGAGGGUGCCUUGUGACAGUAACUGAAGAUGCAGUGGUGCGCGUAUGGGAGUUGGACCGGAACAAUCAUUGGUCAUUUGACCGUCCGACUUUGGCCGUCGACCUUAGGAAGCUAAUCGAUGGGACUUCUUCGGACCAGGACUUUGCGCCGUCGGGCUUCGGAAAGAACAAGGGCUUUUCCUCUGAUUAUGUCGAUAUGGAGGUUGCGUCGGCUCGCUUUGGUGGUGUUGGAAGCGAAAAGGAGGAUGCCUGGGCCGCAAUGACGCUUUGGAUUGCUAUGAAGCCUGGUGACCUUUACGCGCUCUGUCCGCUCUUACCUUCUAAGUGGAGAGCGCCUUCUGCUGCUAUUCCUUCAUUGUCUGCUGCAAUCGUACCAAAGCUGUCCGCCUUGGAAGAGGAUCCUCUUGAUCAUGAGGAUCAAUUGGCGGCCUGUCGGCAACAGUGGGAGUGGCUAGCGGAAAUCGAUAACCAGGAACCCCUACAGAUAAUUCCUGGCUCCGCGACCGAACCCGAGUCUGAAAUCCUUAUGCGACCCUCAAAUCUUAGCGCGAUUCCUAAGCUCCAAGGUCCUUUUCGCGUCGACAUCGGGGAUGAUGCUGAUGAUCUUGAUCUUUGCGACAUGCUAGUCAUCGCGGCCAAGGCUGAUACUGACGCUCUGAUGAUGGGCGAAGAGGAUGAAUUGACACUGGAUAGCGGCGGCGACAAAUUGUCAGCGACCGUAAUCUGUCUAUCUUCCCUGAGCGGUCGAGUGUAUAUCUGCCUUGAAAUCGUUGGAGUGGAGGGACAAUGGCUGCCAAAGGCGAGGAAGAACGCUUUUCGAGUGCCUGAAUCGGAGUCAAGUGACUUGCUACUAGUGGAAGUCAUCAAUACCACUAAGGAAGAGCAUAGAACGUUGCCUACGUGGCCUAUGUUCACGCCCGAUGCUCACUCCCGGUAUAGCUUCUUUGUGACAACGUCUCACGGCGUAGUUUUCAUCUCGCUCUCUUCGUGGAUACAGCGCUUGGAGGACGAAUUACAGUCUGAGGAUACAUCGGGCUCGGGCUUCCGCCUUCAAGUCCUUUGCCAAGGCAAUGCAUCUGUUCUGGAAUCGAUCAUCCAGGUAGACGAUGCUGGCACUUCGAGCAGUCAACCCUUUCACCUCCCGGCGUCUUUAGUCUACUAUGACUACGAUUUAGGCUAUCUAUUGCUCACCUCGCAUGCAUCUAAUCCAUAUGCGGCUAUUCUUGAGAAGCCCACUUUCUUCCCAACGUUUUCUCUCGAAUCUGACGUCCAGCCGACCGAUUCUCCUACGAUUCCCCCCCAUCGUCCCCCUUACCAGGUCCCGUCCAUUCUCUACUCUGAUUCUCCCUUGGAGUUCUUCGUUGAUAAGCAUGUUCCUCAUCGCUACCGGAGUAGCCUCAAGGAACCGGUGCUUCUGUCACCAGCCACUCUAGACCUUGUAGCCGCAGCGCACCGAAUCUUGUCUGCCCACACAAAUGCUCUUGAACGUGCUGCCUCAGAUCUUUUUCGUCGAUGCGAGAGGUUACAGGGUGAAUUGCGCGAUCAGUUAGGGCAGAUAGCUGAUGUAGCUGAUCGGAUCAAGGGUGUCUCGAGUGAAAUAGGCGAGGAUGGGCAGAGGAAGGAGGGAUCCCGGAGCACUGCAGCAUUGAACGCGAGGUUGAAGGCCGCCAAAGAUAGACAGUCAGAACUGGUCUGGCGAUACGAGGCCAUCCGGAACAAAGUUCUUAAAUCUGGCGGACGGCCGCUAAGUGAAAAGGAGUCGUCAUGGAUCGCUGAAGUUGAAGCACUUUCGCAGUCGUUUGAUAAAGAGCGGAAGGAGGAAUCCGCACAGCAUAUUGCCAAGCGGCUAGAUGCUGUAAAGGAUAUCGCAUCUGAACUGAUCACAGAAGCCAAGUCUGUUGCCGCUAGAAUUUUCACUACAACAGAGCCUAGCACUCCGACAUCUCCUACCAGCGCGCAGCCCCGCGUUCCUCAGCGCCUCCAGAGGGCCAAAAUUGCCGAUGCCAUGAAGAUGGUGGAGCGAGAAUCUGCAGUCAUCGAAUCGAUAACUGCGCGCUUGGCGCGGCUCAAUACCCUUGUCUGA